AUUAUGUGUAGAUUUAGAAAAAUGAAUAUUGAGUGAACAUAAAUUAGGUUUGCUAUUCAAUACACGACGUGAGCACAGAUUAAUAAUAGUGGUCUCGUUUUCACCCGGGCUUAAUUUUGGCGAUCUGUCUAUUAAUCUGUGCUGAAACUCUACAGUUUACGUUACGUAAAUUAUAGACUUUCAGUAUCGUUUAUGCUCCCGGUAGGAGAAAACGAACGCAGGCAUAGCACGAGCACGCACAAUUGGUGACUUCGGCAGUGUCAAAAAAUGCAUAGCAAAAUAGUUCCAAGAGAAAAAAAAUGGGCGUAAAAGCGCGCAAAACAGUCUCUUGUAACGGUAUCAAAGUAAAACGCCGGCGUGGCUGCUCUCAGGUUUCUCUCUGUACAACACUAGGUAAACGAGAAAUCUAACCUAAUCGUCGGUCGGUGACGCAGCGCUCCCGAGGGCCUCGCACGGUAACUUACCUGCGACAGCGCGAUCCGCGCCACCUGCUAUCGACCGCGGUUGCCAGAUGUCGGGACGCGCGGCUCGCGGGGACCGGUGCCACCGCCCUUCGUACACGUCGCGCCCUCGGUAGACCGGCCCUACGUUGCGGCGCGAUCACGAGCGACGGAGGUGGAGAAGCGCAGCGCGACGCGACGUAACGCAGCGCGACGCGGAGGCAACGGAACGGAACGGAACGUAAUGUAAUGGCGAUGCCCAGUUUUUAAGCACUACUGCGCAUAUCGUGUAAAUCGUGCCUAGGCGGAGAUACGGACAACCGUCCGCCGUCUCGCCAGUGUGCGCGCGUGUUGUGUACGAGUUUCGCGAGAGAGAGAUAUACACCACGCGUAUAUCUCCCUCGCUAUGUAUACGCGUGUGCGUGUGUGUGCGUGAUGGCUCCGAUUUGGGGCUCUGGUACGCGCUCGAUGGUCGAGCAUCGUCGCGCACACAUCGCCGCACCUACGACGUCGGGCGGCGCCGCGAGAUCGGCGGGCUGCCGCAUCGCCACCCAUUAACGACGACGCGACCGUCGCGUUCCCUCCCGUCGUCGUCGUCAUCGUCGCCGCCGCCGCCGCCGCCGCCGCCGCCGCCGCGAGGAAAGUACACAGUAGCGGUCGACGGAAGCGGCCGGCGAACGCAGCGGUGCUGUCUCAGUGAUCAAUGAACUCUGGUUGACGCGUGUCGAGGCGUGCUGGCAGCGAGCAUCGCGCACCAGCGACGACCCGGCAGGACAUGAUGACAUAAUACGGACGCAUCGAUUGUCCCUUUUUUUUGAGAGAGAACACACGCAUUAAACGUUCGCCAGAACCAAGACAGAAUAAAUGACUCAAGAUGAAUGAUAUAGAGAGCUUUGGUAUGAAGGGCGCCGGCUCGAAAAUGCCUCACAGUCAUUCGACGCCAGCCGGUGUGGACGGAGGUAGUAGGACACCUCCCGCGACACCGCGGAAAGCCGGGAAGAUGCUGGCGGUUCGUGUACAGAUGUUGGAUGACUCUAUCACGAUGUUUCAAGUGCAGGCCAAGGCAAUGGGUAGAGUGUUGUUCGAUCAAGUUUGUAAGCAAUUGCAUCUUCUAGAAGCGGAUUACUUUGGUCUUGAAUAUCAAGAGCCAAAUUUCACAAGAUAUUGGUUGGAUUUGGAGAAACCAGUGUGCAGACAAAUCGGUUUGUCUCUUAUCGAUCCGCUACUGAGGUUCUGUGUUAAAUUUUAUACGCCAGAUCCUGCACAGCUUGAAGAGGAGUUUACAAGAUAUUUAUUCUGUCUACAAAUCAAACGGGAUUUAGCUCAAGGUUUACUGCAAUGCAAUGAUAACACAGCAGCAUUGAUGGCCAGUUAUAUUGUCCAGGCUGAAUGUGGCGAUUAUGUGAUAGAAGACUAUCCAGAUCAUACGUAUUUAUCAACAUACAAGUUUGUGCCUCAUCAGGAUCAAGCUUUAGAACGACGUAUUAUGGAGAACCACAAGAAACAUGCGGGUCAAUCUCCUGCGGAGGCAGAUCUCAAUCUCUUAGAAACGGCUCGACGUUGCGAAUUGUAUGGAAUGAAAAUGCAUCCAGCUAAGGAUCAUGAAAAUGUUCCACUAAAUCUCGCAGUGGCGCACAUGGGCAUUGUAGUCUUUCAAAAUUAUACUAAGAUAAAUACAUUUAGUUGGGCCAAAAUCAGAAAAAUCAGUUUCAAGCGAAAACGUUUUUUAAUCAAAUUACAUCCCGAAGGUUAUGGGUAUUAUAAGGAUACAGUCGAAUUUUUCUUUGAGGGACGUAAUGAGUGUAAAAACUUUUGGAAAAAAUGUGUAGAAAACCAUGGCUUCUUCCGUUGCUCUGUAGUUAAGAGAAUCGUGAGGAAAACCAGAAUGCUUAGCCGUGGAUCGUCGUUCAGGUACAGCGGCAAAACUCAGAAACAAAUUGUUGAAUUUGUUCGAGAUAAUUACGUGAAGAGGCAAACAUUUCAAAGGUCCAAUUCGUUCCGGCAGACUAGCGGUGGUAGGGCAUUGCAGGGCUCGGAGGGGGGAGGCUAUCGUGGGGCCACUCCAAGCAGCUCCCUUAUGGGCAGCUCCAGCAUCUCUGCCCACCCCCUCCUGCCCCUCGGCGAUCCUGCCCUGGCAACCCCAGCUCUGUCUCUGUCUUGCGGUUCGAUGACACUGGAUUCUCCGACGACUGUGACGAGUGUCUCGAUGGGAGGGACGAUUCACCGUCGAGAAGACACAGCUACAUCGUUUCGGACGCUCACCUCUAUCGACGUCCAUUCGCCAGCCACCCCCAGCCAGGUCCCAGCACCGCGGCAGCAUGCUACCAGCCAGCAACGGAUUUCAUCAACAGGUCGUAUCAGCCCCUCUAACAGCAGUCCCCCUGAAUUCCCACCACCACGACCUCUGCCCAGAUAUCCUUGGCAACGGUCGGCUAGUUGUCGCGAGUUGUACGCUUCUAGCUUCGAAGACUCCGGUAAGGCGCGGCCGCGAGACGACAAGGUCACCGCGGACCAGCCAUUAGAUCCAUUCCAUUUAGCCUCCCAGGGUGAACUAGAUAACCCCGUAACACGUUACGACGAGAGUAAUCGUUCGUAUAGCGCUGCUAGUUCGAAAUUACCUUCCCUAGAUCACGAUUCUGUCCCCGAGCGUGUCUACAGCAGUUCCUACCCGGGAACGUCGUCGUUGUCUACCGAAUCGGGCCAUGAGGAAUCGGGUCCCGCUGGAGAUCUGUCGCACGACGAUCUCUCACACGAUUCUUACGAGCUUUUAGAACGCGAGCAUGAAUUCGAGUAUCCGGAAUCGUAUUCUAGUCCGCACGACGAGCACGAGCCAAUAUCCGAUCAGAGCGACGAGGGAAUCGAGCACGAAAUGUUCCAAAUGGACUCUGAAACCGAUUCCUUCGUCAAGCACAGAUCGAUAAAGUCGUCGGAGAAACAACAAUACAGAUCCGCGUUCACUGAUCUCAAGAACUCUAAAACUAAGUCCAUCGAUCGGUACUCAGCUGUAUCCAAGGCAGAGGGCGAUUUCGUCAUUACCGAGUCUAGGAUACAACGAACAGGCACUCAAAUAGAACGCAAAUUCGAAACGAGACAUUCCAAUUCCGUGGAACAAUCGUCCAAGACGGGUGUUCCACAUCAGGACUCCGCCAGAAAAGAUCCCGUUGUGAUACAGGUGCAGAAGCAAAAGGUUUCUGUCCUCAACGAGUUAAAGAAUCUGAAGCCAAAGUAUAAAAUCACUCAUGUGGACUCGGAGGUCCUGCGAGACGAGGGUAUUAUGCGUCCGAAGUCGCGAAUAGAUGAUGAUCUGAGCCCGGUUGAUGGAAGUAAAACGAUAGAUUAUAGGGGUAGGACGACCAGGGCGCGCAGUAUCGCUAGCCUAGAUGACCACGCGCCGCGCGUAUACGUAGAGACAGGUAGCCUAGGUCGGGGGCAUAAGUCUAGGGAAAGGAAAUCGAGAGAUCCUGAUGUUAAGAUCGAGAAAGUCUUGUCGAAGGAGCGUAGAAGCGUCGAGCGGGAGGAGCGAAAGCGGGAUUACUCGAGGGAUUGCAGGCGAGCAGACAAGAGCGAUUCGCGAGAACGUCGUUCGAUGGAUCGGCUCGAUUCGCACGAGCGGAGAUCGGACAGCCAUGGUCGUCGCAGCAUAGACCAGAUCGAUAUGCGCGAGCUACGUAGAAGCAUCGAGCGUCUCGACGUGCGCGAGAGGAGUUACGAGCAUCUAGACUCGAGGGAGAAGAGUGCCUUUUAUUACAGUGAUUUCUAUGAAUCGCGCGGUAAGAGCGUCGAUCGUUUAGACUCUCAAGGGCUGCGCAGCAGCAUGGAGUAUCUAAAGAGUCCCAAGGAGAGGAGCAAUCAUCGCCAUUCGGAUACGCGGGAGCGCCGGGAGAGAAGCAUCGAACGGAUCGAUUCUCGGGAAACGAGGAAGAGCAGAGCCGCUUCUAUAGAUUACGACCAAAGGCAUACUUUAGAACGCUUCGAUUCCGAUAACAGAAGCCCAUUCGAGCGCUUGACUCCGAAAGAACAACGGAGGAUGAGCACAGAGAGGCUCGAUUCUCAAAAGUUCGACUUCGACCCACGAGCGAUCGAACGUUUAAAAUUCUUGGAGCGCUACGAACAAAGAGAACGAGCUUACGAGAGAAAGAUGGAGUCGAGGAGCGCCGAGCGAAAGAGCCUGGAAAAGCUGGAUUCGCGCGAGCGAAAGCACUUGGGACGCUUGGAGUCGCGGGAGGGAAGGAGUCUCGAGUGCCUAGACUUCGACAGCAUGGAACGUAGGAAGAAUAUCGAGAGAAUGGAAUACAAGGAUCAGAAGAAGGGCAGAGGUAAAUCCGAGAAAGUCAAGUCGGAAGAAAAACCGCGGGAACGCGACGACUGGAAGAGUUUAGAGAAAGCGCGAAAAGACGACGAAAGACGGGAGCGCGAACGACAGGUGAAACUGUCUCUCGAGUCCCGUACGGAAACCGUUAUCGGUGUGCCGCACGAGAUGGAGAAUUUGAAGUCGAAAACCGUGUUCGCCGAGUACGAGCCGAAGGUUGUUGGCGGCGUCGUGCUAGGUUUCGAGGAGACCGCGUUGCCCGGACACGUGCCGGUGGAGCGUACGAAGAGCGACCCGAAUCCGGCGCGGCAAAGAUUGGGAUCCAACAGCAAGCGGCACAUGCUGAUGCACCAGAAAUCCAUAGACUUGACACCGGCCGAUUCCGGCGACGAGGAACCGUUUUCGGACAGCGCAGCGAUGCAGAAACCCAACGUCGAUAUCCCGUACAUAUUGCACAAGAGGCACGUUAUGAACGGCACUGCGUCCGACGAAAAAUCCGAGUCGGACAGCAGUAAAGCUUCGAGGAAUGUCAAGAGUCUCGCCAAGGAUUUACCCAAGUUACCACUAAAGAUGGUAACGGAUCUCCCGUACUUCGAUCUGACCAAGCUUCCCUCGACAGACAAGGCCAGCAAUAAAUUAUCUCCGGACAAAUCGAAGAGCAGCGCAGCUACUACCACAAGACCAAAAUCGAUAUUAAGCCCCUCGGAUAAGCCGAGGAGUAUUCUAAGUCCAACAUCGAAACUCUCACCCACUGAUCCAAAGAGCAUCGUCUGCAGUUUGUCGCCUGUUAAGAGAAGCCCCUCGAAAGCGAAGACCCAGUCUCCCGAGAGGUUCUCGCCAAAGGGCGGUUCAUUAGAUAGAAACAGAGCCGAAGUUAUCAUCGAGGAUUACACGUGCAAGAAGUCUUCGAGUUUGGAUAAGAAGCCUUCGAAAUUGUCGUUAGUGGAGGCGAGUGUCACCAUUAUUUCGACCAGCGAAAAACGUUCGCCCAAAAAGUCGCCGACUGAUCCUAAAGUGACUAUCGCAUAUUCUCUGAUACAUAAGAAGAAAUCUCUCGACGGAGCGCCCAGAAGUCCCACUGCGAAAACGGACGCUAAAGUGAAAGCUGUCCUGAAUUUUGCAGAUAUCGUCGACAUGGAGAUGAAGCAGAAUCUAGAACGCAAGGCAAAAAUCGAGAAAGACAGUCUGAAAGCGCCAGACGAUAGUUUAGAGAAGCAAGAUAGCAUUGAGAAGAUACCGUUACCCGAAAUUCCUGGCGGACAGGCUGAAGAGAGAAUGGUAGGUGACCAAUUCAGAAACAUCGAAUACACGGUAAAGGAAUGGGAUCGUUCCCCAAGACGAGCCGUCGACGAAUUUUCGGAUGAUGAUCAAAAGGGAUGCAACAUACAGUCUGUAAUAGCUCAAGUUCACAUACCGGCUACAGUGGAAAUCAAACCGGAGAAACCGCCGAUUCCGGAGAAACCGAAGUCGUUAGAGAAGCCGAGUAUUCCCGAAAAAACGAAACGUAUCUUGGAGAGGAUAGAGUCGAAAUUUUCAGAAGUUAGUAAAAAUUCCGCUACAAGGAUAUCGAGGCCAAAGAUCAUCGAUACGGGAUUUGACGAUUUCGUGGAUCCAGUCGCCGAUUUGCCUUUGGACGAAGUGCCUGUGAAACCUACUUUAGAAUUGGAUAGUCUUAAAGUUCCUGAGUUUGUUCCUUUCAUGCUGAGACCGCACGGGGAGCCGAUAAGAUCGAAGUCCUUAUCGCUGGCGGAAGAGAAGGCUCCGAUUGAUACCUUGCUCUCACCAGAAGUCGAGAAUAAACACUUCGUGCAAGACGUUUCUCCGAAGAGGGUGAAGAAGGUGAAGUCCGAGCCGAAAAAGGAUUUCAAAAAACAAUCAAAAUCGCUAGAGGGUGACAAACCGCCGCUGAAGAAAGGCGCGUCGAAGGAGUCACGUUCGCCAGUGAGUACAAAAAUUGACAAAUCGAAAUUAAAGCUCGGCGAAAUGCCACAAGAGAUCAUAAUAAUAGAUUCGACUGAUGUGUCGCCAGAAAUAAGCAUUGUACAGAAGGGCAGAUCGAAAUCUGUAACCAGAUUGUCCGACAAACCGUUUUCAUCGUCGAAGGAAGAGAAGGAAGAGACGAAAAGUACUCGCGCGAAAUCCGCAUCCGUCGACGAUGAGCUGAUUAAAGGCGCGGUGAAGUCCGAGAAGUCGAGACCGAAGUCGUUGGGAAUAUCAAAGAGUUUGGGAAGUACGGAGAAAAAAGAUUCAGUAGAGAAAAUUUCGCCCAAGAGAAUGAAAGCUGUCGCCAAGUCUGUUGUUGUUGCUAAGGACAUGGCGUCGAAACAGGACUCGAAAACAGCACGUGGAAAAGUGGCCUUGAAAGUGGAAGCGGCGGCGGCGGCAGCGGCGGCGGCGGCCAGCGAGGAAGCUGUCACUGAAUCGAAGCAGUUUAAACAAGAGAAGGAUUCUAAGCCGUGUGUUAAGCCUGACGUGGUGAUUGAUCAGCCAGUGAACACCAAACGAACCGCAGCAGCCGAUGAGUCUAAGGAAGUAAUCAAGGAACCGGGUAAAGAGUCAGGUAAAGAACCAAGCAAGGAACCAACGAAGGACGGUGUAAAGAAAACUGCGCUUGCUCAAGAUUUAACACAAUCUCCCUUGGUCUUGCGUAAACCGGGACAGACGCCGAUACUGUUCGCUCGCGCGCGUCUUGGUCUUUCGGAAGGUAGUGGGAUUGGCGCUCUUCAGCGUCAAGGUGCGACACAGUCGCCUACUGCUCAGCGGCGCGCGAAAUCUUUGGAUGCCGCGGUGAUCUCCGUACACAGACUGCCGCCAGCGAACGCGUUUUCCAGCAAGGAUGACACAGUGGACGUGUCGGAGAAGCUGGAGGAUCAAGAGUACGCCGCCGAAGAGGCUGCUCUAGGCGCGAGCGUGUUAUCGAAGCUUUCGGUCCAGAUGGAGGCGUCCCCGAAUCACAAAUCCGAUAGUACCGAUCAUACGACUAUACCGGAGAUAUGCACGGAUUCUCUGUCCGUUACCGAGACCUCUGCACAGUAUCUAGAAUCGCCACUGACAGAAUGUAACGAGAUCGUUUCUUCUUCCAUCGAGGGACAAGAGAACGGCCGAAUGCCGUUUGUGAGUUCCACCAACGGAAACGAACCGCCGAAGGUCAUAGAGAGUAUCAAAAUGGAGGAGCCGACAAAAUUCAUCGAUCAAAGUUCUGCGGAAUCCGGUGCUGAGCAAGAAAUUUCUCAGGAGAGCUCCGAUGCGAAGGCGGGUUUGUCGAAAGGCGCUCAGUUGGAUCAAGAUCAAUCGGCAGUCUCUACGAUCUUUGUGAAAAGCGCUAGCACGGAAGUUGUUUGUAAGCAGAAACAGACUGAAUCGCCGAACGAAGCUUCCGAUGGGGAGGCAAAUACGUCAAUUGGCGAGACUGCAUCAACGAAGUCUCCUUCUCGGCCACAUGAUUUUCGUGUCGAAGGUUCGAGAAGUCCGUCUGAGAGAGAUGACGUGCCUGAUGUAACUAUAAGUGCGGCCCGUGAGGAUAUGUUCUUCUUGAAUCGUUACGAUCAGGACGAUCCUCCAGACAUGGUCAAGUCGCCGAUACAAAUAUCCAUCGAAGAGUGUUCCGACGACGAGGUAAAUCCGGAGGAGGAAGAGGAAGAGAUGGUGGAAAUGCGAGUAGAAAUCGACGAUCGGGAAGAAGAUGAGAACAAGCGGCUGGAUUCCCUUGAUACCAGCGAGGAUACGCUCGACGCGCUCGAUACGCAGGUACAAAGCCCGCGAGGCGUGGACAGCGAGCUAAGUUCACCGGACUACGGUAUCGAUAAGAUGGACGAGAAGACGUUGGUCGAAGUCGAGUUGACGCCGGAAUAUCUGGAGAUGAAGAGAGAAGAUGAAGAAACAACGGAAGAUUUACCAGAAGAUGAACCGGUCAAAGGGACUAUGGAAAUCGCGGAUAGCAAUCGUCUCUCCAUCGACAGGAAACUUAGACUAAGCACCGAACGCUCGAGAAGUGAAGAGACCAACACUUGGACACCGGACAGAGAGGACCCGGACUCCAGUUCCUGUUCCAUCGCCCGGCCACUAGGGAUCGGCCAGAUACAACCUAUAAUAGACCGUCGGGAGAUCGCCAUGAUCGAAGGCGCCCGAGACAGCGGCUCCUUGGACGAUGACAUCAGCAAUGGCUCGCAACCUCCUCCGAAGCAGGAAAUGAGCGUCACGUGGAAGUCAUUCCCUCAGGGAAGUUCCGGUAGUUCCAGCCUCGAGGACGGCUGGGUGCCACAGGACGAGAACAACGCGCAGCAGUCGCAGUCUGAGGACAGCAACGGUCAGAACGAAGACAGUUACCAAGAGGACCUAGCGGACUUUCCUGGCACCUUUAUCAUUGGCCCCGAAAUAUUAGCCAACUACGGCGCAUUUUCGCUUUCACGUACGUUGUCGAGAAUAUCCGAACGAUCGACCACGUCGGAGCAAGACAGAAGCGACUUGGAAGAUUCCUUUAAGCCGAGCUCGAGGUCGCCGAGCCUCGACGACGAGUCUUUGAUGUCAAGCGAUCAUCAGCCGUCUCUAUCAUCGGAUCCUCCAUCCGGCACGGCGUUACCAUCCGUUUCCGAUGAUCGCAGAACGUCUUCUGAGCUGCCAGACAUCCCCAUUGAUGUGGUCGGCGCGCACGAGGAUGACUCGAGGUCACCGCGAACGAACAGGCGUUCGCGAUUGCAAUUGCAAAGUUCCGAGGACUGGCCGUCGCCGCCCAGUUCACCCGUUUUCGAAACACCGAUAGUGAGUCACGUGGAGACGUUCUACAUGGAAAUCAAGCCGGAGGAAGCCGUCAAGGUAACCGUUACGGACAGCACGGACACGCCCGUCCAUGCGGACCAAGACAGCGACUCCAGCGACGAGAAUAGGACGCUGCACGACGAUCUGCAUUCGACUCUUCUGGAGGACGGGCAAAGUUCGACCUCCGCGACGGCCGACGGUACAGUCAAGAUCACGGUGAAACCGAAAUCGAAUUCGCACAUAACCGGCUCGUCCCACAGCGAGGACACGUCGAUGGGCCUGUCCAUGUCCGAAUGGUCCAGCUCGAAUAACACCGUGCGCCAGUUUUGCCAGUACUCGGGCACGAAGUCUGACGACAACUCGCUGGCGGAGCUCGGCGCCUCGAUCUCGGACUGGUCGGGUAGCACGACGGUGAUACCGCAGCAGUACUAUGCCACGACGGCCGCGGACAAGAGUCAGAGUGACACCACGACGUCCGAAAGAAGCGCGACCAGCAUGAGGCCGAACUCGAAGUGCCAGUCCGCUGACACUUCCUCCCUCCCGUCUCCGCCGUCCCCGUCUUCGCUGCCGCUGCCCGUGUCGCCACCACUGCCUUCUCCACCCGCGACGGCUACUUCUCCGUUUCACGAGGACGAGGCCGCCGGUUCCGCGAUCGAACAGCACGGGACUUUACAGGCCGAGGCGACCGUCGAGGACGACGACGAUCUACGUCAGUCUCGAACGCAAGGUGACGAGUUCGAUGAGGCGCGGCGUUUUAUCGAGAAUCAAUUCGACGAGCACCAUCGCCUACGCCGAUACGACGACGAGCAGCGAGACGUUUAUCCCCAGGAAUUCGCCGACGUCUCGCCACCUCGUAUCACGCUUCGAAACGAGUACGACGAGGCUAUCGACGAUGAUUUCCAAAUGGUCCCGGACGAGGACACGCUCUGCGUAGACGACACGGCGUUGCCAAUCCCCGAGGAGGACGAGGAGGAUCAGUUGUACGACAAUGUGCCCGCAAUGAAGUAUUCCAGUGGCGACAAAGUGCGGGUGGAGGUCGGCCGCGGGGACAGUUCGGAAGAUAUGCACGAGAAAUAUGCCGACCUGACCCUACCGAGAAUAGCGGACGACGACUGGUCGUCCGAGGAACGAAGGGAUGUCCCGGAGCGGAGGAAAGCGUCGACGAGAUCGACGGGCAAAUUCGACCGUGGGUUCUCAGAGCCGAGCCCGCACGAGGCGGGCAGGUAUCAGGGCACCCGGUCCACCGAGCGGCCCGUCGUGGUGCCGAUCCGUGCGAAGUCGACUCCGUACUACUCCACGACGAGCCUGAGCGGUGAGUCGACUACGUCCAGCCCGCCUAUGCCGAUCAGGACGCAGAUCAGAACGAAGACGAUGCCUUACUCGUCGAGCCGCAGCCCGCAGAGCGAGGGCGACACCUCCUCGAGCAUGGACAGCCCGGCGCACACGCCCGAUCGGGGCCAGCGGGCCUUCCGCCGGAAGCGACAGCAGAACGCCAAGAGGCGACAUCGCGUGGUGGUCGAUCUCGAGGUCAAGGAUGGCCACAUAGUAUCCAGCACCGAUUCCAGUUUCGACGUGGCGACCAUACCGCCGCCGCUGCUGACGGAGGGUCAGAGUUUGGACGUGGAUGACGACGAGGACGACGAGAUGUCCGAGACGAAGGACGAGCGUCGGCAGCAGCAGCAGCGUUGACGCAACGUCGACGAUCGACGCUAAACGGAAAUUGCCCGUGAUAGAGAGAAGAAUUGAGCGCGACCGAUCGCGCUCAGCCGGGCUCAAACUGGCAGGAUUUGUAGAAAAAGUUCCCAGUCGUGUGGAAUUGAACGCACUUUAGAAUUGACAGACUCCGUGGUCGUGCGUUGGCACUCUCGACUCAUGUCUCUAAUCACGCGAAGGAAGACGAAGCGGGGGACGAGUCUCGUGAACGAGUCGACGAUUUAGCGUCUGGCCCUCCGCGACCUCGACGAUGACGAUUCAACAACGAUCCGCCCAGCGGCAUCGCGCUGGGUGGCGAUCGCGAAUCGAGAGUUAUACGGGUAUGAACGACGACGAGGGUACCAACGGCGAAGGCAGGACGAGACAAAGACGAUGUCCGUCGUUCCGGGCUGCGAUGCCCGUGGCUGAAUGAUCAAAAGCUGCGCGUGGAAUGUAGCAUAAUUAUCGUUAGGGAUACGGAUACGGUUUGUUACGCGUUUUAGAGGCCCGGUUUUACUUUGAUAUCACGAUAGAGCCCCUCUGGUCCCCGUCCCCUCCGUAGAGACGAGUAUACUUAAGCGAGUAAUAUUCAUGCAUGACACACGGGAAGCGAGGAGUAUCUUAACUUAUCGGCACGCCCGCGCGCGACUCGCUGGAGGACGGCAACCGUUACGCGCGACACGUUAUAUUCUAAUAAUUAAUAAUGUUGAUAGGGCGUAGAAAUCGAAGGGGAGGCGACGUAGAAUCUUCGAAGAUAAUCGUAAGAUUGAGAAAACGAGCCGCGUCCUCGUGAUCAUUACUUUUAACCCUUUGAUCGGCCCGUACUUUCGUUUCGUUUCCUGCACGAGAUACUUUCGACAUUGCUAGGGUAAAUCGUACGGAUAUUUGAACGAAUAACGUACUUUUUUGUUCCAAAAAAAAGAAAGGAAAAAAUUAAUGUAGCUUUGUUAUAUAAUUACAGCACGGCGCGUAAUCGUGCAAUCGUAAUAACGUUAAAAGGGUCGAAGUACCGCCGAAUCACGGUGUCGCGAGUGUACGACGUUUUACUCGGUCGCGCGACCUUGAAUUCAUCCAGGACAAUCAAUCGCGAGCGACGGGUCGCUCGGGACGGUAGGUCCCUCGAGGGGAAACGAGGGAGACGAAACGCGGAAUUACGUAAGGUCGUCCGGGCCGAUUGUUUCCGUUGUUCGAAUUGAAUUCCGAACAGCAACGACAACGCGAUCCUAUGAUUUCGCCGCGGUUUGCUUCGCGCACGCGAAUUAGAAAGAGAGGAGGGAAAAAGUUGCUCAACGUAGAUACGUAAACGCGCGCACCGCGCUUUUAACAGCGCAUCCCCCGGCAGGUGCAUUCCCCGAUAUAUCCUCCGCGUACGGAAUUCGCUUCUCGACGAGCGAGAGGAGCACCUGUUACUCGUUAAUAGACGUUGGCUAAGGACCAACCGUGUAGUAGCCGCUAAGCUCUCUGGUUUUAGGUGGGAACCUAAGCUUCGUCUAAUCAUUAAUCCGGGAGACUAUAUUCGCCUAGCGACAAACACACCCGCGAGAUCAGGCCGGCAGAUCUGUGCUCCGCAUUAAGAUUGUUACUUGGGCGGCUCAUUGUUUAUCGCCGACACUUGUUGCGAGGGGAGGAUCGCAGGUAGAAACGCGUUUCGGCUGUUUCCGGGGGAGUUUGAUUCCUCCUGUUUUACCCUCUCUUCUUUUCCUUCAGCUUGUUCGGUAAAAUUUCUAUUCGAGACUUUGUACUACGACUGGUACAUGUGUAUACUUUUACAGCUCGUAAUUAUUCAAUUCCUUAGAUCAGUGGUUUUAAGGGGGAAAGAGAAUGGCGAGAGGGAGACCGAUUUUACAGGGAGCGAAUUAUGGGAGGCUGUUGCCCGAUGAAAGAGACGGUUUAGCCGCGAAAAAGACUUGUGGAAGGAGUCCGACUCGAAGCAAUAGAAAGUCCCAUUUUGGAUUUCUUAUUGGCUUGUAUUGUGCCUAGUUUUUAUACCAUGUACGUCGUGCGCGCAAUUUAACACGACAGCGCGAACGAAUUCAAACGCGUUUAUGCGCGCACGUGUCUCCCUUGACGUGUUUAGGUAAAAUAGACGUAGGCGUACCGAUCAUGCGAGAGAACGUGUAACGCCCGUUACCGAUGCACGAUGUGUUUCCGGGAUAACGAUUUUUACAGUCGCGACUUUACAAUUGAGCCACAGCACCGUCAGAAGCGCGACUCUGCUUAUUUUUCUCGGGUAUGAGGAAUCCUCGAAUCGCGGUUGUUACCGUCUUAACAUUACGUCGAGUCGUCGAUGCCCUCGUUUGCUGUUUGGCACUUUGAUACAUAUUCUUUAUACUUAAAUUAAAAUCUUUAUAUCGUAACGUGAAUCUCUUUGAAUUUGUAUUGGUUUUAAUCGAAUACGAUUUCCCAUUAGUAGGUGUGAUAAUUAAUAAAUAUCAAGCUGCGAACCUCUUCAAAUGUUGUGCAGUAUUUACUGAAGUGUUACAUCUUAAAGAUGCAGAUGGAUAAACCGGAGAUCUCAAAUGGAGCAGCAGGGUCGAUACUUAAUUAAUACGGAACUAAGGUUCUUCAAUUACCCCUCCCGUUACAGAGCGCGGUUAUUUAAAUGGCAACUAAAACACUAAUUUCGUAGGCUUGUUAAAGUAUGUCUGAGGAGGAGUGUGUACGAAUAGAUUUCUGGUGAAUGUAAUUAAUUGCAGCAAUAAAUUUGUCAAUAAUUCGUUCGGGAAUCGCGGCGUUACCUGAUAACGAGGCGAGAUCGUUAUCUGUGCUGUCGGUAUAUCGGAGAUUCUCGCAAUACAUAUCGUCGUUAUGAUACACAGAUACAUUAAAAUCGUUAAGUUUGACGACGUCCCGUGUAUUACGACGAGAGGGAUACGCAGCGGAAAAAAUACGCGUGAUGCAAAGGAAUGACCGCUGAGUGCCGAUAAACGAUGGCAUCACCUUGUUUGAUGAACUCACAGUUUUGAUAUCCGCGCACGUUCCGAGCCAUAGGCUUAAAUUCGAACGGAGGAUUUACAUCAAUACGCGUCAGGGUCAUACCAUUGGACCUUCUGAUUACACCCUGUGCAUGUCGUAGUCCGAGCUAGGAAUGACAGUCAUCCCGGGACUGCCCGAAGCGAGAACCAUCGGAAUGGCUGUUGCCGGAUCAUUCGGAUGGGUCGCGGUUUCGGCAAUUCCAGGAUGGCCCUGACUCGGAGCGGCACACAGACACAAUGGACGGCUUAUCUGACCGCACACGAGAAAAGUAGAUCUCCCAGAGGAUUGUCUGUAAAUACAUCUCUAUGUGGAAAAGAGCUUCCCGCGAUUCACCUUCGCGGUCCGAAGAUCGAAGAUUUUGUUUUUGUCUCUUGCCCCGUUAUCUGCGUUCGAUUCACAACGACACAUCUUUUCCUUCUGUCCGUUUUCCUCGAUCUUCGCACGUACAACGAUACCAAGAUAAAUUUAUUUAAAAUCAAUCGCAUCGACUUACGUAAAUCAAUGAAGCAGACAGGACUUUCGACGCUAGGAUAAUUUUACACGCGCAUCGAUAAUUUUUAACGAUUAUAAUCGUUACAAAUGUGCGAGGUAGAAUUCUGACCCUUUUUUGAUAAAUUUACUAAAGUCGUAAGAAGCAGAAUUUUUGAAAAGUUACGACGCAGAAUCACGAACGACGAACGGUUAACGUACGUAGUCGUCUCCUCGAAUAUACUCGGGGGCGCAAAGGUCAUACUCGCCACACUGGUCUAGUUACGUUAAUGUCUAUAGUGGCACGGCCUGGGCGAUUAGUCGAAUAAAACCCUUUGAUGCGUGAUUAGUAUGUCUCCAUUUGUGUAUGAGUAUCUGUGCUCGGCGGCGAAUUCGAUCGAACGCACGAAUGCUAUCAGAUCGCAGGACACGGUGCGAGCUUGCAAUUUCAUUACAGAAAGGAAACAAUGUAACGUCACUUUUCCAUCAGUUCAGUUUACUCGAUCGGAAACACACACACACACACACACACACACACA